CGCGAGCUAGGAGCGCGGAGCCGGGAGCCCGGAGCCGAGCGCGCCGGGCUGGGGCCGGAGUCGGAGGGGAGCGGAGCGGAGAGGCAGCGCGGCCGCCCCAGCCCCGAGUCCCGUCGCCUUCCCUCCCGCCGCAGCGCGGGCCAGCGGCCGCCGCCCAGCUAUGGAGCCGGACAACAGCCCCCGGAAGAUCCAGUUCACGGUCCCGCUGCUGGAGCCGCACCUUGACCCGGAGGCGGCAGAGCAGAUUCGGAGGCGUCGCCCCACCCCUGCCACCCUCGUGCUGACCAGUGACCAGUCAUCCCCAGAGAUAGAUGAAGACCGGAUCCCCAACCCACUACUCAAGUCCACUUUGGCCAUGUCUCCACGGCAACGGAAGAAGGUGACGAGGACCACUCCUACAAUGAAAGAGCUCCAGAUGAUGGUUGAACAUCACCUGGGGCAACAGCAGCAGGGAGACGAGCCUGAGGGAGCCACUGAGAGCACAGGGACCCAGGAGACCUGCCCACCUGGGGUCACAGAAGCGGAAUCAAGGCUGGGCGCCUCCAAGAAAGUACAAAAGCCUGCAGAAUCCACCCCAAAGACUCAGGAGAGGGACAGUGAGAAACCCAGCACAGAGGACCCUUCAACCCAUAUACCACCAUUGGAUUCCCAGGGAGCCAACUCGGUCUGAGAGUGAAGGGGAUAUCCUGGAUACACGACUGCAGUUGGGAGUGUGUGGACACUGGAUUUGUUUCUUAUUUCUCCACUUUUGGGGGGAAAAUCUCUUGUUUUUAAAAAGUGAUAAAUUU